AUGAUUGUCGUAGCAUGCGAAAGUAACGCAAGAAUGGUUGAAACCUAUUUGUACCGCAUUUCAAAACUUUCGGGUGAUAAAGUCUAUAUCGGUUGCGACGGUUAUAAAGUUGGUGAUUGGCUUGGAAUUGGUUGCAGUUACAAUAUUGCUUUUAGUUCAGCACAACCAGAGUACAAUGAUAGACUUCUCCAGGUCGACCUCUACAAGGACGAUAUCCCAUUCUUGAGAGUAUUUAAUGAAGGGCCUAAACGCUAUGCAACCAAUCCCGUAAAAGGCAUAGAUUUGGGAAAAAUGGAGUUUGAUAUGUUUAUGGACUAUGCGGUCAUAACUAAUACCACCGGUGCCAAUAACGAAACUGCUGGAGCGUACAGAUGCAUAUUAAAAUAA